GCAAAUUGCUGGACGGCAACUGGACGAUAAGGAUGGAGGAGAAGUAGGAUUUGUCUUUGAAAUGUACGUUCAAUAUCUCCUUAGGAGAGGAGACAUAACCUGGGAGGCGAAAUAUCUUGGAAUAGUGCGUGGGAAUAGAGUGGCAGAGUACGAAAAUAUGAAUGAAUUCACUACACCUGCCAACCCAGUGGUCCGGCAUUUCCGUGUAUGUGAAGAUCUGGAUAAAUUUACAUCCCAUGACACAUUGCUCAUGCCAGAAUAUCGGAAUUUUGCUAGUGUUGACUUUAUCAUGACACCUGAUCAGCUGUUUCAAGUUACUCUCAACAAGGAUCAUG